AUGGCUCCUUUAUUCUUUCUUUUUGAUCUCCUCUUGCUUAAAUUUUGCACCACUUUGUGCUCAUGCAAUGCUCAAUCUUCACAUUAUCCAAACCUCCCCAAAUUCUCAGCUAUUCUGAUCUUCGGUGAUUCGUUAUUAGACACCGGAAACAAUAAUUUCAUUUCUACUGACCUUCAAGCAAACCAUGCACCUUAUGGUGUAUCAUUCCCCGGUGGCAUUCCCACAGGUAGAUUUUCUGAUGGAAAACUCAUGUCGGAUUUUUUGGCUGAUGCCUUGGGCCUUAAGCAAUGCGUUCCUCCUUUUCUUGACCCGAAUGUGCCUCAAUCUGAGCUCCCCACAGGAGUCUGUUUCGCGUCAGCAGGGUCUGGAUACGAUGACAGGACUGCUAGUAUGUCGCGGGUCAUUUCAGUGACACAGCAGUACCAAAAAUAUUUUAAGGAUUAUAAACGUAAAAUUAUUGCAAUGCUGGGAGAAUUCGAGGCUGCAAAUGUACUUGGAAAGUCUCUGGUUUUUGCUAUUUCAGGGAGUAAUGAUGUGUCCAUUAACAUAUAUGAAAAGCCAGGGCCAUUCCAUUUAUUCAUUGAUCAAUACCAAGAUUUUUUAUUAGGCAACGUCGAAAAAUUUAUCAAGUCAUUAUACGAAGAUGGAUGUCGGAACAUGGCAAUAGCAGGGCUUCCCCCUGUUUGUGGCCCUCUGGAGUUCGGGGGAGUGGUGGGAUGUUUGAACAACCCGAAUUCAGAUCCCCAAGUGUACAAUAGGAAGCUUCAAGCAAUGUUGAAUCAAUUACAGUCCUCACUUCCUGGCAGCACAAUCGUUUAUGCUGAUAUUUUCACACCCUUGAAAGAAUUAGCCUCGAAUCCAAUUCCUCACGGUCUGUAUACACCUAUUGGAAACUGCUGUGGAGAAGGAGUCCCAGCAAUGGGACUGACAUGCAAUGCUUUUGUGCUGACAUGUCCGAAUCCUUCAAAAUAUUUUCUGUGGGAUUCGAUACAUCCUACCCAAGCUGUCUAUCGCUACAUGUCCGAUUAUUUGAUCAGCAAUGCUCUCCCACAGUUUAAUCUCCUAGCAUGA